AUGCCGAACUGCCGGAAGAGCGAGGUCCGACGAGCCGUGCGCCUAUCCGUGCUACCCGCCCCCACUGGCACCGGGACUCCGGUCACUCCAGUGACGACCACGCCGCCUUCUCAGACAGGGAAUUCGCCUCCCAAUUACUUCCCGCCGCCGGGAGGGUAUUUGCCGUUCGUCCCUCCGCCACCCUACGGUGACGGUUUCUACGUUCCACCGCCGCCCGACCCCAUCUUGCCUUACUUCCCGUUCUACUACCGGAAGCCCCUACAUCAGACGGAGUCGUCAGCAGCGCCUUUCCGAGAAUCAAUGGUCAUGAUUGUGGAGACUGGCCUCUUGUUUUUGUUGUACUUAAUGCUGAGCUAA